GUCUGCUGUUAGCGGAUGGUUUGCUAAUGAUGCUGAUGAAGAAGGAAAAGGGAAUGAAGAGCAGGAGAACUUUAAAAGCAGAAAAUUGGCCUUGGACAUGGAGCAACUGGAGGAGAAGGAGGAGGAACAACAUAAAAUUCUUGACUGGAUUGGAGAGGGACAGAACAACCCUUUUGAAUCUAACUCCAGGGAUAAAACAGAGAAUAAAGAGGAUUUGCCUGAUGAGCAGUCCAGUUCUUUGCUGGGAAGUGGAUUAAAAAAUGUUUUCGGUUUUGGAGAAGAAGAUUCACCUCCUUCUGAAACUAAGAAACAGAGUCAGGAUGAAAACAUGCAAGAUCUAAGUGAACAACAGAAAGCAAUGAAUCUUAAAGGGAAGGACUCGGCUGAGACGAUUGCUGAAAAUGAGAAAACUCGUGACGCUGGAUGGUACAACAGCGUCUAUCAUAGAAUCACAAACUUUUAUGGAGAUCCUUCUGAUGAUAAAAGUGAAGGGAGUUCAAGCGAUCCAGGCAUGAAUGUAGAUAAGGUCACAGAUAAAAAUCCAGAAGCAAGAUCAGAAUCGAUUCUGAUUCAAGAGACAAAUACAGCCAACCAAGAUAAGAAACAGGAAUUAAGGCACCAGGAUGACGCUGAUGAAAUCGAUGAAGGAUGGUACGGAAGUGUGUAUAACAAAAUAACAGGACUUUAUGGAGAUGCUUCUGUUACUGAAAGCACUGGAGUAGAUUCUCAAGUAAGAUCUGAACCUGAGGAUGCACAGUCAAGCAGAGAUGAAAAACUAGAAAAAAACACUGAGCUGAAAGUGAAUGAAAAUAAUGAUCCAGGGUGGUACGAGAGAGUUUAUAGCAGAAUUAACAAUGUAUACGGUGAUAGUUCUGACAUAAAUAAUGCUCCUGAUGUGGUGAAAGAUGUUGAGAGCCAAGCACAAAAUGAAAACACAGAAGACACAUCAUCGUCAUCCAUAUUUUCUAUAAAUGGCUUGGCGUCUGUGAUUGAUGGCCUAAGGUCACCUUUUCAUGAUGAACCCAAGUCAAGCCUGACUCAGUCUCAUGACUCCAAUGAUCAAAGCGACGACAUGAUGUCAAAGACUCCAAAUCAAGGUAAGGAGGAAAAAAGCGCUAAUGAUGACGUAAGAGAUAAAAAUGAUGAGCUUAGUGUUAAAUCACUGGAUGUGAUUAGCAAGAUAUCGGCUCAAAGACAUGCUUUGGGUGAAGAAGACGAAGAAGAAAAAGAAGUAGAAGAGAAAGAAGAUGUAGAAGAGGAAGAAGAAAUGGGGCAGGAUGUAAAUGUAGCUGAGGCCCAAAUCAAUACUACAGAAAGUUCAAUAGACUGUAAUAAGCAGGAUAUGGGUGGUGAUAGGGAAGAUGCGUCCAAGGAUAUUAGUACACAUUCAAAUAAUAUACUUGCAGAUGUAGAUGAGUUGAGUGAUCAGUCUGACUCUGGUUCAGCUCGUCUGCCCACUGGACAAAGGAAGAACAUGAUGUCGGUGCUUAAAGCUGAUGAGACUGAGCCAUUAACAGAGGAACCAUGUGGGACUGAGUUUGCUGAACAUGUUGUGAAGUCAUCAAAAAGCCAUGAAAGUGAUGCAAAUGCAGACAAUGUUAAUAAAAGUGUUCCUGAGAAAGGAACUGGUGAAGAAGGCCAAAAGUCUGAGAGUAAGACCGGGUUAGAUUCAGGUCUUCAGGUCAGGACAGAUGUAAUAAAGGACAGUUCUGAGACUGUAGAAGAAUCAGAUAAAGUUCUGGAUGAACGUGAAGCAGCAGAUGUGUUAACUCAGACAGAAGAAGGAGGCAUGAAAGUGAGGAGCAAUGAGCCUAAUAUACAUGACGUAGACAUUACUCAGGGGGAGUAUGGUGGAGAUAAGAAAAGUCUUAACAUUACACUAAUGGGGUAUGAUAAAGAAAGAGAAGGUGAGGACAGUAUUGAAAUGGAGUCACCUGUAAAAAAAGACAGUGUUGACAUUAGCCAAAUGGAGUCAAGUGGAGAAAAAGAAUAUGAAAAUGCUACUCAAAUGGAAAGUGAUGGAGAAAAGGAAAGUUUAAACUUCACUCAAAUGGAGUCCAGCAGAGAAAACAAAGGUGAAGUUACUCAAGUGGAGUUUUCUGUAGGACAAGAAGAUGUAGGUGUUGCUCAAACAAUAUCUGAUAGAGAACGUAAAAGUAUCGACUAUACUCAAGUGGAGAAUUCUGAAGAAAAAGAUGGAGUAGACACUUCUCAGGUGGAGUCUGCUUUAGAAAAGAAAGGUGGAGAUACUCCAGUGGAGUAUUCUGGGGGACAAAGGGAUGUAGAUGUUGGUGAAACGGAAUCUGAUAGAGAAAAUAAAAGUAUCGACUAUACUCAAGAGGAGAAUUCUGAAGAAAAAGAUGGAGUAGACACUUCUCAGGUGGAGUCUGCUUUAGGAAAGGAAGGUGGAGUUACUCCAGUGGAGUAUUCUGGGGGACAAAGGGAUGUAGAUGUUGGUGAAACGGAAUCUGAUAGAGAAAAUAAAAGCAUCGACUAUACUCGAGUUAAGAAUUCUGAAGGAAAAGAUGGAGUAGACAAUUCUCAGAUGGAGUCUGCUUUAGGAAAGGAAGGUGGAGUUACUCAAAUGGAGUACUCUGGGGGCCAAGAAGGUGUAGAUGUUGCUCAAGUUGAGACUGAUGGAAAAAAAGAAAGUGCAGACAUUACUCAAAUGGAGUAUAGUGAAGAAAAAGUAGGUGGUACUACACAAGUAGGACCUGAUGAAGAAAAAGAGGGCAUUAAGUUUAAUCAAAAGGAGUCUGGUGGAGAAAAAAGUAAAGACCUAAUUCAGAAAGAACUGCUGAGUUUAAGCACUACUCACGGUUUUGAAAACACUCACAGCAUUGAAGAAACCAAACAGAACCUGGAGAUUGAUCCUGAAGACUCCAGAGAACCUGAAAAACGUGAAAGUGCUGCAGUAAAGCAAGCUGAAAUCACACCAAAGAAUGUACAAGAUAAAUCUCCACCAACAGACAGGUCUAAGACUGAAAUUUUCAGCACGUCUGAUGGAGAUCCAAACGAUUAUGUCCACAACAGAAACAAAGAUAUGACAGUGGAUGUUAAAAACCGCAAAGCACAUAUGUCAGCUCAGACACUGAAACGUUCAUAUCGCAACUUAGAAAUUUAUCUCAGUGAAAAAGACAUAGAGGAACUUCUGAAGUUAUUCAGUGGAGAAACGUUAGCAGGGCUGGAUGUCAUCAUCGGACACUCUGAAUAUAUAAACAAUGAAGAGCUUGCUGAGCUUCAUCACUUUAAAAAGGCACUAGAACAUCUUCUAAAUGACAGAAAUCAAGAAAUCAAGUCAUCACUACAAACCGUACAGGCUGUCUUAGCAAAGCUAAGCAAGAAGUUUAUGCCUGCGAUAGCAGAUGGCAAUGUAGAUAAAAGCUCAGAUCCUAGUCAGACCGAGUGUGUUAGUAAAACAUGUGUGAGUACAACCGAGAGCACACCAAUCUCUGAGCAAGAUACGGGAAAGGAAAUCAACAUGGACGACAACAUGGACGGCAGCUCCAGUAGAAAUGAAUCGGACAGUGUAAUCAGUGGAUCAGUCUUUAAUGACCGACAAGUCGUCACUGAGAAGAGUCCAAUUUUAGAUGUAUGGUCUCCUCAACCAGACACCAAUAUUAUCACUGAAGAGUUUUUGGAACCUGAAGAAUCCCAAAAUGGAGUUCUGUAUGCAUACACGGUCCUUGCUGCUGAAUUCACAAGUGAAGCGCUUACGUACAUGGUGAAGGCAAGUGCACACGUGAAACAGGUCAUAUGUGAGGUUGUGAUGUCACUUCCUGACGAUAUGCGACCCGGUCCUGACCUUUACGGGUUGCCGUGGGAAGCUGUGAUCAUCACCGCCGCUUUGGGUUUAUUCACCUUUCUGCUUUUCACCUGCAGAUUCAUACACGCUAUCAAGAGCAGAUUAUACUGCAGUAAAGAGAGGAGGAUGGGACAGAAAGUGGCGGAGCUUCUAGAGGAGAAGUGUAAGGUUCUGGAGACGCUCAGUGAGUGUGAACACAAGUUUAAGAAGCUGGAGACAGCACUGCAGAAUGGUGGAGUUUCAGCUCAGGAGUCAGAGAGAGCAGAUUUGGAGGCCAUGUCUAAGAAGCUGGAAGAGGCGAAUGCGCAGAUGAAGAGCGAUAUGGAGAAGAUGCAGCAGGAACUCGACAUGCAGGACCAGCUCAGGAAGCAGCAGGAGGAGCAGCUUACCAAACUGGAAGAGAUGUUAAAAAAACUAGAAGAGGAGGCCACGGAGCGCAAAUCACAGCUAGAACAGGAUAAAAUGACUCUGAAAAUCCAUGAGAUGAACACCGAGCGAUUGCAGAAGAAACUCCAGGAGGCUAAAGAAGAGAACAGCAUGCUACUUGAGAGUAAAACACAGUUGGAGCAGGAGGCAGAAGGAUGGAAGGAACGACUGAGUGAGUUAGAGGAAGAGAAGAGGAUGAACGAGACCUCACACAACAGAAUGAUGGAGAACUGCGUGAAUAAGGAUGAACACAUAAAGUCUUUAACAGAGUGUCUGUUGAACAUGAGAGAUUGGGACUCAGAGGAGGAGAGCGCUGUUAAUGACACGAGUGGGUCGGAGAACAAAAAUUCUUCAGAUUGCAGGCAAAAACAGAAAGUGCAGAAACUGAUUAAUGCAGCAAAGAUGAGUGCAGAUUUAAAGGCCAUGGAGGAGGACAAGGCCAGAGUGUUCGCCAAACUCACUGAUGAAAUCAAAGCCAAGGAGGAUCUUCAAGAGAGUCUUAAACAGCUGCAGCGUGAGAGAGAGUCAGUAGAGGCAGAGAGCACCAUGUACUCGAGCGAAAUAGAAAAACUUCAGCACAAACUGCAGAUCAUGUCCGAGGUGUACCAGGAGAAGGAACUCAAACUGCACAGGAUGUUAACGGUGGAGGAGAAGGAGCGCUCACAGAAAGAGGAGCAGCUCAACAAAGCUGGGAAGAAGAUCAGCCUGGCUACAGACGAACUCAACUCUUACAGACAAAGAGCCAAAGACCUGGAGGAGGAGAUGGAGAAGUCCAACCAGGCCUACAGAAACCAGAUUGCUGCACAUGAGAAAAAGGCUCAUGAUAACUGGCUGGCCGCCCGAGCAGCAGAUCGAGACCUCGCUGACGUCAAGAGAGAAAACUCAGUACUGCGCCAGAGAUUAACAGACUCGCAGUUUAAACUGGAGCUGAUGGAGAAGAACCCUCAGGCUCGAGCACCGCUGAUCAGAGGUGAGAGAUCUCCGUAUGGGCCGUCUCCACUCGGUCGUCCCCCCUCAGAAACUCGGCCCUUCCUGUCCCCCCCGACCCUGAUGGACGGGCCUCCCAGAGUCUCGCCACCGUUUCAAAUGAUGCCAGGCGGCAGAGCACCUCCUGGUGGUGUGGAGGGUGACAGAAGUGUUUCUUACUCUGAAAGCGGCUCCCCAACUUGGGAGAGAGAAAGGGACAGAGAGCGCAGGAGUCUCGGCCCACCAGGUCCAGAUCCAGGACUUGUGUACAGAAGACCUCUCUCAGCUCCGUUUCUGCGAGCACCGCUUCCUCCUGAUGCGUACUACAAUGAGAAAUCAGAUAUUUCGUUCGGGGCAGAGGGUGCUGGGUUUAGAGAAAACGGGAUGCGAGAUAGUGGACGCUCUAUGCCCGGUGCUGAUAUAAGGGGAGGGCCACUUCCUCCUCCACCUUUUCCUCCACUGGACCCCCGAGACCCUCAUUUCCCUCGUCGAGCUUACCGUCCUGAUUUCUUUCCUCCUCCUCCUCUGGCCAUGCGAGGAGUUUUUCCCAGAAUUCCUCUUCCUCCUCACAUACCAUUCCCUCCAAUGAGACCUCCAAGUGAUCAUCUUUUAUCCGAACCUCCAUCCAGACCCUCACCUCCAGGCAGUGAGCAGCCUCCUGAGCAACCUCCGUCUGCACAUGACAUCAUCUGAUCCCUCACUUCUUCCCUCCAUAAAUCUUCCUCUGUCCUGUCUCCAUUGUGUGUCCCCGUUUAAUGCACCCUUGCAGACAAGUGUGUGUCACAAGGUGAAGAGAGAAGUGUGUACAGCGUGCAGUGACUUCUGGGGAAUUUCCCCUGAUAUCAACUUGAUCUCUUCAUACUAGAAAAGCUCACCAGACUGCACCAUGAGAUUCAACCAGAAUUUAUCACUUGAGAGGGGAAGUGAAAAAGGGUGCAUUGUGUCACUUCCUGUUCCUUUCUUCAAGGGCUGACUUUGUCCGUGUCUUCAUUGUGUCAUCACAUUUCAUUAUGGGUUUGUUAUUUUUUUGUCUAGACAGUGGGAUGAAGCUCUUUAAACAGAUCUCAUUUCUGGUACACGGCCACAGACUUGGUCCUGUGUGCUGACGAUGUAGAUACAGAGUAGAUGUUUGUAUUUUAUGAAACAACAUAAGACUCACAGAUCUUCAUAUUUGUUGUAGUCAUAUUUAAAAAAAAAAUUCUUAUUAAUAAUUAGCUGAAAAUGAUGUGUAAAUAGAACCUCCUCUAUUGAUAUGGUCUUGUGAAUAAUGUGUACAUACACAGAAUAUAGUGAAUUGUGAGAAACAUGGUGUAAUGGUGCAGAACCGUCCCUGUAGUUUGCAUAUUUAUAGAGCGGAUGCUUUAUCAUCGAAAUGCAAAUGAGAACGUUAAUAAAAGAAAUUGUCCUCCUAUGAA